ACCGUUGGGAUGCCCCUCCCUGUCCCCGGCCUCACCCCCGGCCUGGGGCGGGGGGGGGGGGGGUACCUCAAACAUAACAGGAAAUUUCAAAUAACAGGAAACCGAGGCCCGGCGAGUGGCUCCACCCUGCCCCGGGGGUGAGCCACCCCGGGGCCUCAGUCCGUGCCAGGGGACCGCCAUGAACGGCUCGGGGUCCCCGGCCGAGGCCCCCGAGUCCUGCCAGCAGCUGGCGGCCGGCGGGCACAGCCGGCUCAUCGCCCUGCACUACAACCACUCGGGCCGGCUGGCGGGGCGCGGCGGGCCCGAGGAGGGCGGCCUGGGGGUCCUGCGGGGGCUCUUCGUGGCCGUGAGCUGCCUGGUGGUCCUGGAGAACCUGCUGGUGCUGCUGGCCAUCGUGAGCCACAUGUGGUCCCGGCGCUGGGUCUACUACUGCCUGGUGAACGUCACGCUCAGCGACCUGCUCACCGGCGCGGCCUACCUGGCCCACGUCCUGCUGUCGGGGGCCCGCACCUUCCUCCUGGCGCCCAGCGAGUGGUUCCUGCGCGAGGGCCUGCUGUUCAUGGCGCUGGCCGCCUCCACCUUCAGCCUGCUCUUCACGGCGGCCGAGCGCUUUGCCACCAUGGUGCGGCCGGUGGCCAAGAGCGGGGCCGGCAAGACGGGCCGCGUCUACGGCUUCGUCGGGCUGUGCUGGCUGCUGGCCGCCCUCCUGGGCCUGCUGCCGCCGCUCGGCUGGAACUGCGUGUGCUCCUUCAGCCUGCUCCCGCUCUACGCCAAGGAGUACAUCCUCUUCUGCGUGGCGGUCUUCGCCCGCAUCCUGGCCGCCAUCAUGGUGCUCCACGGGGCCAUCUUCCGGGUGGUGCAGGCCCACGGGCAGAAGGCCUCCCGGGUGCUGGCCCGCCGCAAGGCCCGCCGGCUGCUCGAGACGGUGCUCAUGAUCCUGGCGGCCUUCCUGGUGUGCUGGGGCCCGCUCUUCGGCCUGCUGCUGGCCGACGUCUUCAGCUCCAACGACUGGGCGCACGAGUACCUGCGGGGCAUGGACUGGAUCCUGGCGCUGGCCGUGCUCAACUGCGUCAACCCCCUCAUCUACUCCUUCCGCAGCCGCGAGGUGUGCCAGGCCGUGCUGGGCUUUCUCUGCUGCGGGUGUCUCAGGCUGGGCCUGCGGGGGCCCGGGGACUGCCUGGCCAAGGCCGCCGAGGCCCACUCUGAGGCCUCCACCACGGACAGCUCGCGGAGGCCGCGGGACAGCUUUCGGGGCUCCCGGUCGCUCAGCUUUCGGAUGCGAGAGCCCCUGUCCAGCAUCUCCAGCGUGCGGAGCAUCGGAGCCGGUGCCCGCGGGGUGCUUCUCUGGGCCCGCGGGACACCUGGGAGGGGGGCGGGGGAGGGCGGUGCCGGGCGUGCGCAGGGAGCAGGGGGUCCUGACGGAGAGGCGGGAACAGGGCGGCCAGCGGGGGGUGCGUCCUGAGGCCCCGUGGUCCUCCCCACGGCGCCUGGGCCUGCUGAUGCCGAGCAGGUGUCCCGUGGCCUCCCUGGAGGAGGUGGCUGCUCACGGGGGCGGGGAGGGUCCCGGAGAGGGCAUGAGAGUCUCUGCUGUGUAUGCCCCCAGCUCCCGGGUGAUUCUGGGGAGUCCCACCGCGCCCCCCCCCCCCGCCGGCCUCGGUGGGGGGGGGGGGCUCCCGGGCUUCGAGGGGGCGGCUGUGGGUCUGAUGUCCUGGCAACACGGAAGCUCAGUGAUGGUUUGUCCUGGCCUCCCUCUCAUUCACGUGUGGGCAGAGGGACGACGGCGCGGGGCUGUGGACCGGCCGGCGGCGUGCGAGGAGGUGUGCCCGUGGCCAGGGAGGGCCGUGGGGCUGUGUGGAUCUGGGGUGUGGUUGUGAGGGCGAGCGGCAGGGUGUGGAUGCGAGUGUGUGUGAGGGAGGGAGGCGGGCACAGACCGGGGUGUACCGACAGUGUGGGCUGGCCUGUCUGCUCGUGCACAGACCCCUCCGUGUGUGUGUGUGUGUGUGUGUGUGUGCGUGCGCGUGCGCGUGUGCAAGCAUGAGAGCCUCUGGGGCUGCCAGGUGGGGCCCCCGCCCCUCCCGCUCACUUCCCCUUUCCCUGCCCCAUCCCUCAUCUUGGGCCCCCCCAGUCUCUUCCCCGCCUCUGGCCUCUGCCCCCUGUGGGGGCCCCAUCUGGGGGCUAACCUGGCCCUCCCGACCUCAGGGAACUGCCCACUCCUCUAGAGUUCCCGUUCUUUAUUAUUAUUAGUUUUUAAAGUUUACUUCUCUCAUAGUUAUGCAGCCCUAAUAGCUUUCUCUUUUCCAUCUUCUGACUUUUUUUUUUUUUUAAAGUAGGCUCCACACCCAGCAUGGAACCUAACGGGGGGCUCGAACCCGUGACCCCGAGAUCCAGACCUGCGCUGAGAUCAAGGGCCGGAUGUUCAACCGACCGAGCCACGCGGGCGCCCCUGGGGUUCCCUUUAGCACUAACUGCCUUGUCCUUCCCUCCUGUGACAUGGGCCCAUCACGGAUGGGACCCUGGGAGGAGGCGCUCGCCAGGGCACGUGGUAGGAAGGCGCGGCCCAUUCCGGGAGCCCCCGUGGCUGUUGAGCACUUGGUAAGUGGUCAGCGCCACGGGCAACCGAACUCAGUUUGGGUUUGAGCAGCCCGUGGCACCGCAGCCAGCACAUUGGACAGCGCAGGGCUACGGCCCUCAACGCGGGGCACUUUCAGCUGGCAGGAAGUUCUCUCUCUCCCUCCUUCCAGGCAAGCCCCUGCCUGCAAAUCUUCCUGCCUCUGUCUUGCCACGUUCCUGGGGGCAGCACCUGCCUGCCGCGUGGGCACAGGACAGCUCUUCUCUGACCUCGGUUUCCCCUGUGCACGAGGAGGGGUGAGGCGACUGGAAACUUCGCCGCACCGCCCCGUGCGCCACGGCUAGCCGAGGGGCGGCUGUUUACAGUUAACGAAAAUGAAGUGACAUUUUGAAAUUCACCUUCUCGGUGCCUCGGUCGGCUGGAGGUGCCGCGUCUCCGUGGCACAGCCUGAGCGGCUUUAUAGACACUCGUUCCCUCGUGGUUCUGGAGGCUGGAAAGCUGCGACCAAGAUGCCAGC